UCCCGCUGACGUCAUCAGUGGACAGUCCAUGCCAUGAUGGCGGCGGCGGAGCGGAGCGUCGGACCCGGUUCUUCCCCCGGUUCUUCCCCCGGUUCCUCGGGGCCUGCGGCGGACUACUCGGUGCUGGUGGUGGUGGGAGCGCUGCGGUCCUCCGGGCUGCUGGAGCGGCUGCUGCGGCAGAUCGACUCGGGUGUGAGGUGUUGGUGUGUCGAUCUGGACGUGUCCGUUGUGGAUCAGCAGUUGAAACUCUUUGUGUCCAGACACUCGGCCUUCAUGUCACAACAUGUCCCAGGUCAAAGGACGCUGCGUCACCGUGGAGACGUCCUGGACAUUCAGGUCGUGGUGAAUCCAGUUCGUGACUUCGUCCUCUCUGAGGUCCGACGGCUGAUCUGUGAUUCGUCUCGACACAAACUGUUGGUUGUGGUCGGUCAGUGCGUGGAACAGAGUGGAGACAUCGUGUUGCAGAAAGGCUGCUUCUCUCUUAACGACAUUGUCCACAUCUUCACUGAUGAUGAGGUUACAGAAUUGUUAAACUCGUCAGACACAGAGGUGAAGGCCAGUCUCACGCUCUGCUGCCCAAACCAAGGUCUAUGGACGGAGUCUUUUUCAGAGAAACACAACCUUCAAGACUUCAUGAACAUCCAGGUCAACCCUCCCCUUGUCCUCCCUCAGAUGGAGGGUCUGCAGGAGUUCACAGAGUAUCUCUCUGAGUCGCUGGAGCCUGAGUCGCCCUUUGACCUCCUGGAGCCGCCGAGCACCGUCGGCUUCCUGAAACUCUCUCGACCCUGCUGCUACAUCUUCCCUGGUGGGAGGGGGGACUCUGCCUUCUUUGCCAUCAAUGGUUUUAAUGUUCUGGUGAAUGGCGGCUCGGACCCCCGCUCCUGCUUCUGGAAACUGGUUCGACACCUGGACAGAAUCGACUCUGUGCUCCUGACCCACAUCGGUGUCGACAAUCUCCCUGGACUCAACAGUCUCCUGCUGAGGAAAGUGGCUGAGCAGGUGAACGAGUUUGGAUCUCAGACUGAAGAGGACGGGAUAAAAAAUCUCAUCUCUCCUGAGAUCGGUGUGGUUUUCCUCAACGUUCCUGACAGAGUCAAGUCUAUUCAGGAUGAUCCCAGUGAGCUGCGGAGCUGUGACCAGGUGGCACUCACGUGUCAGUACUUGCAGAGAUUGGCGAUCAAACCUGAACCUCUCAGUCGGUUUAACGGACCCAUAAUAGAACCAGUCAUUUUGUUUCAGAAGAUGGGAGUUGGCCGUUUGGAGCUCUACACUCUGAAUCCUGUCAAUGGAAGCAAAGAACUUGAAGAUUUAAUGCAGAUUUGGCCAAACAGUGGAUCGAAUGUAAAGAGCUCAAAUCUUCCUCUAACGUGCCUCGUUUCCAUCUGUGCUCUGCUGGUGUGGCAUCCAUCCAGUCCUCAGGAGAAGAUCAUCCGUGUCCUUUUCCCAGGGUGCACGCCACAGAACAAAAUCCUGGAUGGACUCGAAAAACUCAAACAUCUGGAUUUCCUCAAACAUCCAACAGUGUGUUUGAAAGAUCUCGACACACUCAAAACUGAAAAACAACCAAAAAGAGCAGAGAGUCGUGAAAGCCUUAAGUCCAGUUCUAAAGACGUCAGACCCAGUAGUGCCUUACAGAAAGACAAGCUUGGACGAGUAGAGGUAAAAAAACAUGAGGUUAAAAUGAAGCCGAAGGCAGCAGGUGACCCUGCCCACAAAGACAAGAUGGAUGGAGAAGAAAAAACUAAAGUGAAGGAUGGAGAUGUCAAAUUAAAGCCACUGAAAACUGCUGAGAAGAUUGCUCCCAAGAAAGAUGUGGUGUUAAAAGAGGAGAAAAAGGAAGUAAAAAGGAAGGAAAGUCUGAGUUUCAAACCAAAGAAAGACAUUAGACCUGAACCAAAGAAAGACAGUAAGAGGGGCGUAAAGACAGAGGAGAAGAAAAUUACAAGACUAGUCGCUAAAGAUGUGAAAAAAACAGGAAGUGGAGCUUUGGCAACAGCAACUGAACCAAAAAAACCUUCAGGUAAGACUCAGAAGAAAGACGUGCCCAUUCCAAAGAAAGACACGUUGAACAAAGGGACAAAGACUAAACCAGAUUCAAACCAGAUAGAGGCUGAUCGCUCCAAGGUGUCAACACCUGAGGACAUGACUGCUGAAUUUGAAAGACUUCAACUGGAAGAUGACAAUGCAAAUGUCGGUUUAAAGAACAUGAGUUCUGAUGGCGUGAAGGCCAAAGGAAGUCAGACGUCAACUGUCGAGAGUCCCGAAAUGUUUCGCUGUAUGGCGAUAGACGAGGAAAUGCCCGCUGCGCUUUUGUCUCUUGCCAAAACACCAAAGAGUAAUCUCGGUGUAAACUUUGAUAUCACUUCGACUGCGUUCCAUCCGUCACCUGAAGAAGACGCUCAGUGUGUGGGUGAGCACCGCUGCCUUGUGGCGAGAGAGUCCAGUCUUGGCUUCAGUUCUUGUCGGACAUCAGACUCCCUGAGGGACGUUCUGGAAACCUCCAGCCUCCUGACCCUCAGUCCUUUCAGGGACGUGAUGCCAGACUCAUCUCUUACGAUGAUGUCCAUGCCUGUGGCGCCACCUACUACUGCGUCACCCAAAGGAUCCAUGGGAGACAGAGUAGACGCCAAUGGACAUGUCAAUGACUUAGACUCCAACACAGGGAUGAGAUCGUCCCAUCAUGGAAAUGGAUUAGAGGAGCGCAUUCACAGGAUUUCCGACCUCCCCUCAGAUGUUCCACAUGAUGUUGAUCUGUGUCUGGUUUCACCUUGUGAGUUUCAACAUCCCAGGAGUCCAGAGAACCAUCAGCAGCACGUCAACUCCGCUGUUUCACUAAACAUGUCCGACAACAACAAUGAGUCUCAGGACCAGGACCGCAGCCAAUGUCCUUCAGCCUUCAGCCAGGAAACUCCUCCCACAUCAACCAGCGACUCUGCGCUGACGAUCACAGAUUCUGACAUCCCCCCCGGCACAGAGGACUGUCCGUCCAUCACCGCAGACAUCGACUCUGAUGACGAUGCCAGUGACCAUUUUCCUUCCAGUCAUCCUCAGGAUCAUCACAGUCUGCAGUACAUCCACCAGGAGGGACGACCUUCCUCCCAUGACCUGCCACCAGCCAUAAUCAAAGAUCUGCCACCAUUACCCCCCCAGCCUGGAGCCUGCAUGGCAGACGCACAGGCUGAUGCAUCGAACAAGAGUCUGAAGAGUUCAGCUGCGAAGACCAAGAAACCAUCAGGUUUGACCCAGAAGUUAACAUCUGGAGGAGCCACAGCCCAGAACGGAAAGUUCAAGGUCGGCAGCUCCUCGGGGUCAUUGAAGAUGAUGACCAGCCUUGACGCCAAGUCAUCAUCGAGAAAUUCACUUGGUGGAUCAAGAAUUGGAACUUUAAAACCUCCAUCGUCAGCUCCGAGAGUCUCUGAGGGUUCUGAGGGUUCUGCGAUCUACGUGGACCUGGCCUACCUCCCGUCCAGCGGUGCCUCCUCCACCGUGGACGUAGAGUUGUUCAAACGCAUUCGCUCCUCGUAUUACAUCAUCAGCGGAGACGAUCCUUUGAAGGAGGCGGCAAUGAGAAGAAUCCUGGACUCGCUGCUGGAGGGGAAGAGCAGCUGGGCUGAGGUCCAGGUGACUCUGAUCCCGACAUUUGAUUCACUGGCAAUGCACGAAUGGUACCAGGAAACUCACGACCGGCAGAGGGAGCUGUCAAUCACCGUGCUGGGCAGCAACAGCACUGUGGCGAUGCAGGAGGAGACUUUCCCCGCCUGCAAGGUCGAGUUCUGAGACCCCGCCCCCACCCAGGCAGACGAUGAGACUUUUAAUGUUGCCAUGGUUUACGGCCAGACCACUCUCAAACCCUAACCAUCCCGCAGGUUUUAGUCAGAAGUUUGGCGACGAAUUAUUUCAAGGUUUUUCCUCCCAGAAAAGUAGGCAGGGGGGGGGGUGUAACAGGCCCGGGGCAGAAACCAGGCAGCACAGCUCAGAUCAUUUAGAGUCUUUUCGUACAUGUUUGGACCAUGAAAAGUUAUUUCACAGUUUUUAGUGUGUGUGUGUGUGUGUGUGUGUGUGGUUUUUUCUGAGUCAAAAAGACUACUAAUACAGAAGCUACACAAUUCUUUUAUAGUAAUCAACCCCUUAAAGUGAUGGAUUUGGGACAAACGUGAUUUCCACUGUACUAGAGUUUCGUCAGGAGAUGAGGCGACCGCCUCGUGAUGCAGGAAGAACCCUUUCUUUACCUGUGUGAUGUCACUGUACAGUUCCCACCUGUCAUUUCCUGUUACUUCCUCUGCUGGAUCACAACCUUCAACUCAUUAGCAUGUUAGCAUGAAGUGUUAUGUCUCCUGUAAAAGAGUUUCAGAUCAAAAAUCUGUUUUAUAUCGGUUUAGUUAAAUCUAUGUUUCUUACUUAGUGAAAAAUGAAAUUCAUCAUUUAACACUAAUGUUCACUGAGAUGAAGCUUCAAGAUUUAAAUGAAUCGUAAGAGUGAAAGUUUUAGUUUUUUAUGUUUGAGGUGAAGAUUCCACAGAAUUUUCCCAAAGAAACUAGAGCUUUUAUUUUGUAAUGAUGUAAUUUCCUGUCUCACGACAUCACUAUCUUCUCAUCACAUCUGGUUUUGACGUCCAUGUCAUGCGUUCUGUUUCAAAAUGAUGACAUCAUUCUUCAAUAUCAUUUUUUAUGUAUGUUUUUGUUUCUAUUUUAAGAAAAACAGGAAAAAACAAUUUUUUCACCUUCCUCCAUAAGAUACUGAUCAGCUGUUCCUCAUGUGAUUAGAUUAGUUCAUCAAUUAGCUGUAUCCGUUCACGACAUUUUAUUAUUAUUGUUUGAGUGUUUAAUGUUUUUCUGUGUAAAACGUAUAAAACCAACACAAAGAGAAAACUCGACCAUCCUGAUUUUUUUUCCAUCAGAAAGUUUUAAUUUUUAUUUAUUUACCUUUUUUAAAUUCAGAAUUGUUUCACUUCCACAAUGUUGGUACGAGUUUCAAUGUUUUAUUCACAAACGUUAUAAUCCUGAUCGAUCAGUGAAACCUGAUCAAUAUGAAAACAGGGUUUUAUUAGAAAUCUGAACUGUCAAGGAGCAGUUACUGUUUUUAAUAAAGCUCCAGCUACACAAUCUAUUGUAAAUAUUGACAAAUAAAGGUUUUAUUAUUACAUUAUUCAUAGAAAAAUAUUUACAGAUAGCAUUUUAAAAGGUUUAUAAAUAUUCAGAAUAUUUUUUUCUUGAAAUUUAAACGUUUAAAUUGGAUUGUUUGUUUUAGUUCAAUGUCAUAUUUUUUAUUUUAAUUUGUGAUUUUAUUUCUCAAAAUACUCUAAUGAAAUUUAAUUGUUAAAGUUAUAAUUUGUGUGAAAGAAUAAUUUCUGGUCAAAACAGCAUUGACUCACUAUUAAAACUUAAUUCAUGUU